AUGGCAAAAGACGCAGAGACAGUUCUCUUCCUGGGGGUCGUAGGUCUUGCCUACGGUCAACCUCAGGCCGAAUGCCCUAAAGAUGGCCACCAUUAUCUGAUUCCUGACGAGUCUGACUGUUCUAAAUACUACCCUUGCGUGAAUGGCAGGAAAUUUACCGAUGCAUUCCAGUGCCCUGAAAACACACUCUUUUCGUUUGAAAUUCAGGCCUGCGCGCACGCCUCUCAAGUAAAAUGCCAAGUCGGUCCAAUCGCGAUCGAAGCAUUUAGUUGCUGCAACAGUAAAAGCGGUAAAUGCGUGUGCAGACCACCAGUAGAAGAGAGCGAAGAGAUUGAAGAAGAAAUUGACGAGGGAGAAGUAGUAUGGCUUCCCAAUGGUUGUCCAGACCCUAGGAACAGGACGGUGGACAAACUUCUGCCCCAUCCAGACUGCUCGAAGUACUACCAGUGUGUGGAUGGCGAUCUGGUUGAGAGGCCUUGUGCUGAUGAUACCUAUUUCAGCUAUGAACAUCAGCGUUGUGAAUGGGCACAUAUAGCAAACUGCACACCUGGUGAGAUACCCCCUGGUGUACCAACACCAGCACCAUCCCCAGGAGACAAUGGUAACAACAAUUGCAACGGUGGUCUUUGCCCUGAAGGGGAAAUCGAUUUACUGCCAAAUGGAUGCCCUAAGAACUACUCGUAUGAAAUGCUGUUACCCCAUCCCAAUUGUGAGAAAUACUACCAAUGCGUCCACGGUGAUAUUGUGGCGAGGCCAUGUGCCAAAGGCACACACUUCAGUUUUGAAUUACAGCGUUGUGACUGGCCCGAAAUAGCAAAAUGCGUGCCCGGAGAGAUUCCAGAUGAAGAUUGCGACUGCGAAUGUGACAGCAGCGAAGAGACUGGCAGCGGUGGUGAUAGUGACGAUUGUCACUGUGAAAACACACCAGCACCUGGUGACAACAACACUCCCGCUCCCGGUGACAACAACACUCCCGCUCCCGGUGACAACAACACUCCCGCUCCCGGUGACAAUAACACUCCCGCUCCCGGUGACAACAACACUCCCGCUCCCGGUGACAACAACACUCCUGCUCCUGGAGAUAACGAACUACUCAUAUGA